AAUGGCCAAUCCCUUCAGGAUGUCUUAAAAUGAGCUGGAAGGCCACACCGUCUCCUUGUUGUUGGCAGCAUUUUAAAAUCAUUUGCAAUUAGAGACAUUGGCGUCUAGUAAGUCCUUUACCAUCAGGGAAGAUUAAAAAGGGAUGUGCAGCACAUAGUCGUACAAAGAAAAAGAAAAAAGUCCAAAGGCUUGAGUAUUUAUCUGGGAGACCGGAGAGGCAGAGUUGUUGAGGUGUCAGUGCAAAGAGUUUCAAGGAGGUCCAUAGAGACUGUUUCUUUAUGUGCCUCAGAGACAUCAUCAAACUUUCUUAGAGAUCUGCAUUCUGGCAGCUCGCUCUGGGUGAGCUGGGGGAGGAAGAAGAGGUGUGUGUACGUGUGAGAUAGGAAGAAGGCAAUUUGGUGUUUGUUUUUUUCUUUUUCCUUUAAAUGAACACUGCAAUUAGAAGAAGAAUGCUGAGUGCAAAAUACAUCCUGACAGGUGGAAAGUAAUAUUUUUAGAACAGCAAGACAUUUUCCAUCAGCAUGGCUAUAUUCAUACUCCUGUAUUUGAAUAUAUGGGAAAAUAAAUGCAGUUUCAAUUAAAAUACACAAGUGAUUAAAUGUAAGAACAGUGCAAAGUAAAAGGAUUUAUUUAUGUUCUGCUUUAUUUGGUACAGCUCCCAAUAGGUUUUGAGGUGGCUGAAUUCUUCCCAGAUGGUUAGAAGAUGAGGGUUAUAUGAUAGUAAAAAAGCAAUUUGAUGUCCUCAUAUUUUGCAGCAAGGUCUUAGACUUUUGAUGCACGUAUACAAACAGGGGAAUAAUUUGAGUUUUCUGAAUGUGCCUGCUUCUCACACAAGCUUCUCCAUCACUGUGACUACAGAUGACUGAAAUCAUCACUAAAACUCAUGAACUUGGCAAUGCGUAUUUUCUGUUUGCUGUGUGCAAUAUGUGCAUAAUUGAUAUUUCCAGCCAGUUUCUACCAGAACAGCUGUCUGUGACAUAAAAAAAAAAAAAAAGGAUAUUAAAUUCAACACUGAAGACCUACAUACUCAAGUCAGAAUAACAAAUUAGCACGACAAGAAGCUGUGGAAAGACUAACCUAUUCCCUUGCAUUCAGAAAUGGUACAUGUCCAGGAGGACCUAUAGGUUAGGGCUGACUUCCGUGUGCUUUGAAAUGAUGGUGAACUUGAAAGAUAAGGAACAGACCCCCCAGGCACCAGGUAAAUCCCAGGAGGACUUUCUGGACCACAGUCUGAAAUGGGACUACAGAGAAGGCGCUGACAAAGUCAACAUAGGAGGCAUUAACAGCAUUACUCAAACACUUGAGAAAUGGGGAAACAGCAUCUUCUGGCAAAUGAAACACAUCCUGCUGAACAACCCAGAGUCUUUACUGCCGGAGAUCUCCAGUCUGCGCCCUGUUUCGGCAGCUGUGGAGAAUCUUGUGAGGGAAGUCCAGGCAAUACGGAAAAGGCUAGAAGAACUGAAUGAAAGGCUCAAUGUCAUCAACAAAGCUGUCCUUCCCAUCCGAAUUAACGUUCUGCAGAGCCAGAGGCGUGGAAAUACUCAGCUGCGGAGACUCCCAAUGCACAGGAGAAGGUUGCCUGCGCGGAGGAGACUUCAGAGGAAUUAACUCUCUACCAGAAAAAAAAAAAAAGGAAAACCUUUAUUUUUUGCACCUGCUUAAGCCUUUCUCAUUGGGACACUGCUAGACAGAAUAAACCAAAGCACAUACACGAUGACUUUACCAAGGAGACCAGAACUUCUGCAUGUUGUUGCUUUAUUUCAAGCCUAGUUCAGUAGGUCAAAUCUGACCCUGGUCUUCAAUGAUGGUUGUUUUGUGUCCUGUGCAAAAUAAGUUGAGAAACUCGGUCUACUUGAGUGUGAAUACCUUUAGGUUAUGCUGUCAUUCUUCCUGCUUACCAGGGUAAGCUUCUUUUUAAAAAGUUCAGCUGAAUUUCUCUGUCCUAUUUUCACAGCACUCUGUCAGAAACAGCUGGGGAAUUCAAUCUUCAAAAGUGCUGAAUGCCGGAUGAAUGCAGGAAGAUAGAUUAGGGCUUCGCACUUCCAGCUGGGUAAGGAGGGGGAGAGAAAGCUAUGUUUUAAAAUAUAGCCUUAACCUAUUCUCCACCAAUGCAAAGAAUGCCCUAUUCACGUGCUCAGAGAGUGAGUAGGGUUGGAUAACCUUGGACUAUGCAUAUUGUUUCAAGAGUGAUUAUAUGUCAGAUUCUUGGGACCAAAGCUACCUACCUUCUUCAAUGAGCUUUCUUUUGGCUACCUGCAGGUGGGCACCGAAAACAUUAUGCAAUAGAUAUGCUCAUAACUUCCGACGCUGUGAACAACAUCACAGUGACUUCUGCCAAGACCCUUUGAAAACAGGUGAUGUUUCUCCAAAACCUACAUACCUAAUGGUAUAAGUAGAUGUCUACAAAGAUUUUCCAAAAUAGCUUAGGAAACAGCUUAGUCCCAAAAAUCACCAGUAAUUCAAUUGGUGUCUGGCUGCUAAUUCAGGUGAUGUCUUAUUCACAGAAUAUCUUCUCCACAUGCAAACAUCAACCUCCAUACCCUUCAGCACAAUUAAGACCUGUAGAAAAAGAAGAACUACAUACUCCCAAAGCUCAGGUGUACAUAGUGUACUUUGCCUUCAGCUCAUCUUUGCUUUCCUGGUAAUAAAACUGGUAACAAAAAACGGUGCAGAAAUUGAGUUAUGCACUGAACAGAGGAAAGAGUGGGCUUACUCUUCAGAUCUCUAAAGGUAAAUUUAAUACAGAGAUUUCCAUCCAGUGCUGUAGCUAAUGGCAUGCCUGAAAUCUGUUGAAACGUAGUUAUGGAGGCCAGAGAGAAAAAUAAAUUAUUUUUUAAGCACUUUA